AUGAGCGGCACCGCCACGGCAACAGCCUACGUGCGCCACUGCGACGCCACCUCUUCAGCCACGCCUCCCGGGUGCGUGCGCAAACUGGUAGUGGACCUCACCCUCGACGAUAGAACUCUCGCUGGCGCCAUCUUGGAGACAGAGGUGACGGUGGAGCACGCGUUGCACCAGUCGCUCUUCCCCCAUGAUGCAGCGUCUGAUGUUGCUGGCGCAGCCGCAACCUCGCUUCAGGUAUCCCUACCGCCUAUCAGGGUGGCACUACGGCGCAGCGCCGUGCAGGUGCGCUACAUGCUCACUUACCUACGCACGUUCCCGGCGGCGUUGCGAGAUUAUGUGAAGGUGCUGCAUACGGCUAUGUCAUGUGACGACGGUGUCACUCGCUGCCCCUCCUACACGAGCAUGACCGGGGCUCUUGUAUCAGCGCCGCUCGGAGUGUGCUGCCUCUGCAUCGGCAUCGAGUGUGCCCUCACGAACGAAUUCUGCAACGUCUCGAUGCGCGGGCACUUUUGUUUCCGCACCGGCGCAGCCGGUAGUAUCUGCGUACAGAACGAGGGCAUUGUGUACCACGGAUGGUCUGUGGGAUCGCCGCUGCCCUACUACACGCUCCGCCUAUCCGCGAGCGGACAAGGUAUCGCACAAACUACACUGCAGCUCACGACGGACGCCCCUUCGGCGCAGGCCGGUGCGUCUUUUCUGCACCUUGUGCAGGCCUCCGGUGUUUCGCCGGGAGAGGGGGGCACUACGGUUGAUAUUGCUGGGCGGGUACUAUUCGUCCCCUCUGCGGAAAGCAGCAGCGGCAGCACCAGUCACGUGCGCGACGACGAUCCCGCAGAGUGGCUACUUCUACCGGCUUCACUUGUCAGCAACUCCGGCAACGAGUGCGAUAAGGUCGGCAUCUCACCAGACUAUUUCUACUCACAGUCCAGCACUACGCAGUGCAACGCGCAGAAGGGGACGUGCGUGCGGCAUCAGCUAGCCGACUACCGUGAGGAGGACCUGGCGCAGAUCGCCCAGGGCAAAGGCGGGCGCUACAUCGCCGCCUUUCUCAGCAUCUUCACGCGACAGAGGGUGGGGCAGCAGGAGUUCCUGCUUGAAGCGGCGCAGCGCACCGGCGGGGCAGUGCUGCGGUGGACAGUUAAUGCGGAUCAACUCGUGUUCAAGCUGUUUUCGGUGAGCGGCGUUCUGGACACUGUCAGGUUUGUCAGUGGCACCGACGCCCUCUACGUAACGGUUCGCAACAACAACACCUACGGUGGCCUCUACUAUGUUGCCGUUGUUCAGUGUCAGAGAGCGCGCGUCUCAGACUGCGCUAAUGAUGGCGUGACGUCCGAGUGUGUCCGCGAGGCUUUGGUGGCCGGCGCUAAUACCUCCUCAGUGUUUCAUUUCAGCAUGAUGAGCGACCCGGCAGAGGAGACGGGGAGCACUGCCUCAUGCACUGUCGUCUUGCGCGACGCGGCUAAUGCGCUGCUGGCCUCCACAAACGUUUCUUGGGCGAUUGAAGCAACCACACCGGCGCUGAAUCUUCCCAAAGCAGAGCAGUGCAGGCGCUGCGUCUUCAGCGACCUGCGAUGCCUCUUCAGCACCGUCUGCGAGUGGCAGAUGCUCGUAUGGACAGCGGUGGCCGUGACGGUGACGUGGGCACCGUACGCCAUCUUGGCCUACUGGCGCAUGGUGUGGCACUUUGGUUCCAAGUAUGUGGCGUGGCUUCAGUGA